AUGGGUCCGACAAUAUUUGAUGAUUUAGCGUCGCAUGUGAGAGUUCCUAAUGAUGGAGAUAAGGUUUUCAAGGAUGAAUGCCCUUUCUACUUUGAAACACCUGAGACGGAAAAUGGAGUUUAUAUUUGUAUGCGACACUUUGUUGCCAUUGGCUCCAAAAUAUUGAGGCUGUACCACGAAAAGACUGGUUGUCGUGCAUUCUUACGGUACAAAAUUGAGAAACAAUACAAAGAAAAGGAGCAUGGCACUCAAGAAAAACCUAAAAAACUUGCUAUUGGUGUUUCUGGGGGUUUCGAUUUGCCUCAAGAUGUUUACACAGUAACAGAACACUGGUCGUUAGUUCGUCUUCCAGAAGGUGACUCUUUUGAAAUUCCAAAUCCAGAGCCUAGUGAAUCAUCAACUGAUACAUCACAUUUGAAGAUUUUAGAUCUUCCUAAGCGUUUGGCUACUACUAUUGCAUUCAUUCAACGCGCAGAAUCAUCACUACUAGCAGAAGAGCGUGCUAAUUCACUUAAGGCUUGGGAAGAUGACAAUAUUUGUUUGAUUUCUGCUUACGCAAUGAAUUUGGUACAAAUUGACAACGGUGUCAGAAUACCUCCAUCUGGAUGGAAAUGCUCAAGAUGCGAUUUAAAGGACAAUCUAUGGAUGAAUCUUACUGAUGGGGCUAUCCUGUGCGGUCGAAGAUUUUGGGAUGGUACCGGUGGAAAUAAUCAUGCAUUGGAGCAUUAUGAAAAGACUAAAUAUCCAUUAGCUGUAAAAUUGGGCACAAUAACACCUAAAGGUGGUGAAGUUUUCUCCUAUCCAGAAGAUUCAAUGGUAACAGAUCCAAAACUAGCUGAACAUUUAGCCCAUUUUGGCAUCGACAUAAUGCGUAUGCAAAAAACAGAAAAAACAAUGGCUGAGCUAGAAGUGGAUGCUAAUGAAAGGCUUGGUGAAUGGCUUACUCUACAAGAAUCGAAUCAUUCCCUUGAAGCACGUUAUGGUCCUGGUAUGACUGGACUUAGAAAUCUUGGUAACACAUGUUAUAUGAAUGCUGUAAUACAGGUAUUAUUUUCAAUUCCACAAUUUCGUUCGUACUAUGCCUAUCAAUUACCGAUAUGGUCUGAAGAGGUGCUGAGUCAGUUCGCCACCACCAGCAGCGGUGGCAGCGGUAGUCAUCAGUCACAUUCACUCCUACCUGUAGAUCAUAUUGGCUUACAAUUUUCAAAGCUCGGCUAUGGUCUUUGCUCUGGUGCUCAUUCAUGGUUAGUUCCAAAUAAUCAUAAUAAUACAAAUCAUCCAAUGGAAGGACCUGUACCAAUUCUUCCAGGUAUUCGUCCAUUGUUAUUCCGUCGUCUAAUGGGAAUGCAUAACACUACAUUUGCUACAAAACAACAACAAGAUGCUUGUGAAUUUCUUAUCUACCUUUUGGAUUUAUUAGAUCAAAAGGCGAAAGGUAAGGAGCACGGUAACUUGCAUCCAAGUGGUGUUAUGCGUUUCGGUGUUGAAGAACGCCUACAGUGUGGUUUAACCCAGAAGGUUUCCUAUAAAACAGAACAUGAAUGGAUACUCUCUGUACCUGUGCCAAUGGAAGCGGUUAAAAAUCAAAAAGAAAUCGAUGCGUAUGAAAAACGACGUAUUGAAGCUGAGCUAAACGGUAUACGUUUACCGCCUGAAGAUGUUGUACGACCAGUUAUUCCUAUAGAAGCUUGUCUAUCUGCUUGGGCUGAAACAGAACAAAUCGCUGACUUUAAGACACCAGCAAGUCAGCCACCUGGAGCUAAAACAUACGCGCUUCGGUGUAAUCGUUUAACUAACUUUCCAAGUUAUCUAUGCAUACAAGUAGGAAGAUUCACUGUCGGCAGUGAUUGGUUACCAAAGAAAUUGGAUGUUGAAAUUGAAUUGAUGCAGAAAACUUCGCAAAGUGGAAAUAUUAAUAAUAUUAAUUCUGAAUGGUAUAUUGAUCUGAGCAGUUUACGUGCACCGAAUGGACCAAGACCUAUGCCUGGGGAACAGUUAAUGCCCACUGGUGAAGAAAUUAACCCUGAACAACAAGCGUCAUCCGUCGAUGAUCAUUUUCGACCGGAUACAAGUAUUGUCGAUCAAUUAUUAUCGAUGGGUUUCAGUUUUGAGGCUGUAUACAAAGCGUGUAAAUUUACUCAGAAUAGUGGUGUUGAGAAUGCUACAAAUUGGUUAAUGGAACACUUGGACGAUCCAGAUUUAAAUGAUCCAAUACCGAGUUCAGGUGAACAUCAUGGCCAACAGCAACAACAACAGGAUAGGAAUAAACGAUUUAAAAUUUCCUCCGAUGAUGAGUCUGGUAUUGAUGAAAACUCAAUUGAAAUGAUGAUGGCUAUGGGGUUCAGCAAACAACAGGCAGUUGUUGCUCUUCAAUAUACAAAUAGUAAUUUAGAACAAGCUGCUGAUUGGGCAUUAAGUAAUCCAGAUGAGUUGGAAAGCCUAUUACAUCAAGCUUCAAUGCAAAAAUCAUCUUAUCAACAAGGUACAACCACGACAAACGCCAACACGAGCAACAACAGCAGCGGUGGUGCUAGCGGCAGUUCAGAUCAACUACCACUUACAGAUGGUGGUAGUCCCCUGUAUGAAUUAUUCGCGUUUAUCAGUCAUAUGGGAAAAUCUACGAAUGAUGGUCAUUAUGUGGCGCAUAUUAAACGAUCAUUCUUAGCCAAAUGUAUUCCACAUGAACCACCUGUAUAUCAUGUUGGCUCACCAAUCUGUGGUGGCAGCGAUCAAGAAUGGAUAAUAUUCAAUGAUGAAAAAGUCGCCAAAAGUGAAUGUCCACCGCAUCGGCAUGCUUAUCUCUACUUUUUCCGACGUAUAGACGCUGACACAGACACUGCUGCUGCUGCUGCUGCCACUGGUACAAUGACGGUGACAAAUUAA